UCAUAACCAUCGGCAAUCCAAUCAUUAUAGCGCGAAACAUAAUACACCCAGUUCUUGACAGACGCGACCAGGCCUCGACCAAAUCCCACGCGAGGGAGAGAGUCUGGACAGCUGGGUAACCGGGAAAUGUCGACGAUGAAUGAGAUCACCACAAACAGGACGGAAAGAAGAACCAGGCGCCCCGGAGUUAGCAGCGACUCCAGGACCUGGGAGCUAAGAGCGACAGCCAUGACUUGGGGGAUCAAGCGACGCGGAAGCCCAGCGAUGGAGGGACAAAAGAUGCAGUGAUUGGCACGGGAGUUUGGAUGAAAUGUAGCAUGGCGAUGAUGGACGGGCGGGCGGGCUGUUGUUCCUCAACAGCGCCGGAUAUGAAACCGAUCGGUGCCGCCAGAGAGCCGCCAGCGAUAGCCCAGGGGUUGAGGAUGACGCUGAUGCACCGUUGGCUGCCAUCCUGGGAAUAGCGGGGGCGCUUGGGCCAAUGUCUGCUGGCCGUUUCUCCAAUAUUUCAUCGGACAUGCGCCAUGAGUGCAACGCAGUGCAAUGCGAGGAGAUAGGGAAAUAACCCGAUCUAGCAGUGUGUCUCUGGAGUAGGAAAUCGUGGCAGUCCAACAGAUCAUCCUAAACACUCGGUGGCUUGACAGAGCACAGAUGCCAAGUGAAGACGAGGAACUUUGGAAGGCCAAGACUGCAUUGGCAGGCGACACCAACGCGGGGGCGGGGCACGAGCAGUUUUUAGCGUCGAUAGCUUGUGUGGGGCUGGAGCUCCAACGACAAGCAUCAUCCUUUCCUGUCUCGCCUGGAACUGCCAGGGGACACUCAGACGGCCACUUUGGAGUAGGAAAACAAUCAUGGGGCAGUUCACUUCUUCAGCAAGACACAGCAGUCAUGUCGACCUUCAAUGGAUUAGUAGCCGAAUUUCCGGACAUCAGGGUCGACUUCUUUCGCUCCCACCCAGAUCUCCGCCCUCCACUCGCCUGCUUUCUUAGCCAUAUCCACAGCGACCACCUCGCUGGUCUGGAGACAUUACGGUCACCAUUUGUUUAUUGUUCCGCGGCCACUAAAGAGAUGCUCCUUCGACUUGAACGAUUUCCAUGUCGCAUCAACUACGCCAAGGGUAUCUUAGAGGCCCGAGUCCAAACAUACCGUCACCUCAAGACCCUAUUGAAGCCGCUACCUUUAGAAACACCCACUGUGUUGGAGCUCGAGCCAGGCAACCGCAUGCAAGUUACCUUGUUCAAUGCGAACCACUGCCCCGGCGCUGUUAUGUUUCUGUUCGAAGGUGGAGGCAAGGCAGCGCUUUACACCGGUGAUAUCAGAAGCGAGCCGUGGUUCGUGAGUGCCAUAGCAAGAUCACCACCGCUAAUUGAGUAUUCUUGUGGGCUCAAGACAUUGGAUACAAUUUAUAUUGAUACGUCUUUUGUCGAUGACGUCGACUUUCCUCCAAAGUCUGAGGGCAUUCGCGAACUGCUGGAGAAGGUGUCAAAGUACCCUAAAGACACCAUCUUCCACUUUCAAGCCUGGACAUACGGUUACGAAGACGUCUGGAUCGUAUUGUCCAAAGCCCUUAAAACCAAGAUUCAUGUGGAUGACUACAAGAUGUCAAUUUAUCAAUCUCUCGUGGCCAAGGAUACCGACAACAGAUUCGGGACACAGUUUCACCUCUCCCAUGAAGCCCCUGCCCUUGUCGGAUUCAUGUGUGGAAAUACCUACCACUCAGGUUGUCUCACACUCGAUCAGAACGUCCGACUGCAUAGCUGCGAGAAGGGAAAUUACUGCCCAACUGUGCAGAAAAACCUCUCUUCUGUGGUCUGGAUCCAGCCCAUCGUUACGCGUCUCCCCAAUGGACAAGAUAUUGCAGAGCUCGGUGUCGGUGGCGGCGGAGAGGACCUGGAGAGGGAGGCAGAACUAGAUUACCUAUUUCUGGAAGAUAUAGGAUCUCUUCUGGAAAUACUUUGGGAUACAGAGGAGGUGUCGAAUUCGAUGCAAGAGCAAAUACGUCAUUUUCUCCUGGGUGUUGUUGCGAGUGGGCGAAAAGUACCUCUUGAUCUUGAACGGUCAGCUCUCGAGGACAAGGACGAAAUCAAACUUGCCGAUGGGCUUCAUGCGAUCACGAAGAAACUGAAGCCACAAAACAAACAGCAUUCACUGAAUGAAUCGAAUGCAGUGGCGCUUCCCAGAACCAUAACAUUCCCAUACUCUCGCCACUCAUCAUUCCCUGAGCUCUGCGAACUGACAGAUGCCUUCAAGCCCAGAGAUAUUUGGCCUUGUACUGUCGAUUUACGGCGGUGGAUCGAGGAAGACAUUACCAUCGAGGGUCUCUUUGGGGCACAGUGUUCUGACAGUGUGUUUCGACACGACAAGGUUAUCCUCGGAAAACGUGCGAAGCUAGGAUGUGCCGAUCAAGAUAUGCUGGAUACACAGGCCACGACCGCUUCCACGGAAAGUUCGCAACGACAUAUACUGGAAGUGCCUACUGGAGAAACAGAAUUGUCAGCAGUUCAUCAACAGCUUCCAGUUAUGGAUGCCAACGGACAUUCAACUUCAGCGCUUGAUACCCAACCCUCUCCUUCUGGAUCAAACUCGGACGAUGAUGUUGCAAUGGAAGACGAUAUCAUAAUCAGGGAACAUGCGAGCUUCGAGGAUUUCGAUGGAAUAUACCCCCACAGCUCCCAACAGUCAAUAACAUCUGAAAAUGCACUCGAAGCUCGUAUCAAUGCCUUCCAGGCGAUGCUGAAUAACGCCCGAAAACCCGGGGGCAAGAGGAUCGAACUGAUAUCAACGACAGACCAUCAUACAGUCUUGGACGAGGAACUUGGAUUUGAUCAAACAUGA